GUUUUGUAACAUGACAAUGGUAGAGUAAAGUUGUUGAAUUAAACCGAGAUUAGUAUAACAUAUGUUGUUCAUAAAGUAAUUAAAAUUAUAGAGCUCAUUUGGAAAUCCAAACAGCUUGAAUUAUUAAUAACUUUCAUUUAAGAUCUUAGACAAAGAGUUAUAAUAUAUGUGAAUGCAAAAUCGUUGUAUAUUUGAAUAAUAUGGGCAAAGUGUUUUCAUUUCAUUCCAAGUUUUUCAUUUGAAUUUCAUGUGUUUUCAUUUGCAGCAGCAAGAAAUGAGAAUAAGAUAACAAUACAAUUUUUAUUGUUUGUAAUUGUCAUAUUAUGCACAAAGUACGAACAUAUGAUUUAGUUGUGUGUACCUACAUAAAAUUUAGAAUUUAGCCUAUACGUUUGAAUUUCACUUCAGCAAUGUUUAAAAUUUCACAGUAUUUCUUCACAACAAAACGCUGAUAAACAUAAUAGGAAAUACAAUAGAACAAAAUAGAAUCUGUCACCUUUCGGAUGGAUUUCUAAUGUUGAUUCAUCUCUAAAUCUCUGAAAUGCGUUAUGAAGUACAGUAGCUGUUGGAAGUCAAUAUUGUUCUAUGUCAGCGCAUUGGCCCCUGGGUGGCACUGUACUCAAAAGGGAGGAGUUGGUUAAAACAAACUGACUGUAAUGAUAGUCCUUUGAGAAUGACACGUAUGAAAGAUUUGAAAAAUCCAAUUCAUAGCCAUUAGUUGGGCUUACUUUUUCCGUAAGGGAUAAGUAGCCUAUAAUUAGAGCUAACUCGAGAAGUCUACGUGAGAUCAACUCGCGCGCCAUUUAAAGGGGCAGCAUCGAGAGGAGAAAAAAAUAAAUAAACAGACGGAUCAUUGUGGCUUUCCUAAAAAUUUACUUUACUGAAGAAUCGGAUGGCACAUAGUCUUUACGGUCUACUCAAGAAGAGGAGGAAAGGAUGGGGAAGGGAAUUUGUUCGAGACGACAGAGAAGAAUAUUUCAGUCUUUCCUGCUUCUCAUCUUCGUCUGCGGGACGCUGUGCGCCUUCAUGAUCUCAUAUGAGAUGCAAAAAGAGCUGAAAAAGACUGAGGCGACGGCUUUGAAGUACCAGCAGCAUCAAGAGUCACUUUCUGCACAGCUGCAAGUGGUAUAUGAGCAUCAUUCUAAGAUAGAGAAAUCCCUCCAGAAAGAAAGACUUGAGCAUAAGAAGGCUGAAGAAGAUUUGCUUGUGUUUAAGCGGGAAUCACAGAAGACCCUCAACAAAGAAAAGCAAGAAUCAAGCUAUCGACUAAAUGCUCUGCAGACACAGCAUCAAAUACUGAAGUCCCAGCAUGAAGACUUGAAGAUGCAAUAUUAUGAACUUCAAGAGAAGAACCAGAAUCAAGGGCAGGAUCAUGAACAUGUUCUGGAUGAGCACAGGCUGGAAAUAGACAACCUGCAGAGGGAGAAGGAGGUUGAAAUAUCGAGACUGAAAGAGAAUGUGUACAACCUUCGAGAGGAGAACAGACAGCUGCGGAAAGCUCAUCAGGACAUCUACACACAGUUACUUGAUGUGCAGGAACAGCACAGAAACCUGAAAGCUUCCAAAGCUCAUCUCUCACUCACAUUACAAGACCACAAAAAUGCACUUGUUGCAGCCCAGCUUCAGGUGGAUGAGCUGAGGCGAUUAAAGGAGAAUCGCAAUAAAGCAUCCAGUGCAGGCCGAGCUGCUAAAAUUGAUAAAUUUGCUACUGAACGCACCCAAAGCUAUAUGCUGGAGACAGUAGAACAUCUAAAUGAGGAGCUGCAUAAUAAGCCAAUUCAGGUGGAAGGAUAUGAGGAAAAUGAAAAAGGGUUAUCCCCUCGGGGUGUGCUGGAGAUUGAAAAUAACAAUGCGACCAAAGUGGCAAUGAAGCAGCCUCAGCAAAUUGAUAUUUUUUCUGAGGGAAAUGGCAAGAAAGAGGAGAAAAGCACAUCAAAGGAUAGAGGAGGAGAGGAUAAGGGGAAAAAGGCAGUGAUGGAACAUUCCUUAUCAAACCCAGUAGAGUUGGGCAUUAACCCUCGCAACACGCUAAGCCAAAGCCUGGAGAAACAGACACAGACAGAGCCACUUCACAGAACCAAAGUACACUUUGAGGCUUUGGAUACAGUGAUCGCUGGGAAUGCUGUCCAAUCACACUAUAUUAUGGCUGGACAAGAUGAUGUAAAGGAGACUCAAAAGCAUGACAAGGGCAUAGGAGAAAAAAAACUGAACGCUGUGAAUGAGGGCAACAACCAGAACGAAGAUGAAUUUGAAGAGGCAGAAGAAGAAACAGAGUACAAGACCAAUGUGAAUGAGAUCAGGCCUGAAGAGGAUGAGCAGCUUGUGGUGGCAGGCAAUCCAGAGCAGCAAGAGGACCAACCAGAUGAGGAAUAUGAGGAUGAUGUAGAGGAUGAGACUCUUGAUGACUCAGUGCAUGACAGACAGAAGAGAGCAGAAGAGGAAGAGAGUGAAGAUGAUCCCUACAGUGAGCGUAAUGGAGCACAGGUCAGCCAAAUGAAGAAGUCGUCCUUUCCUAUCAGUCAAAUAACAGUAGUGAGAAACAUGUAGAAAACUUUGUACUUUAGCUGAAAAUGCAGAACAGUGUAUUUAGAAUGUAUAUGCACAAAAUGUUUGACAGGCUAAAUAAGUGAAUUUAGAGCACAGAAGAUUUGAAAUAUCAAACAAUAUUUUGUUUCAUGGCCAUGAAUGAAUACACAGAAGCUGAAAAUGAUGCCAAUCAGAUGGAGAGUUUCCAAGAAAAAAACGAUAAAAAGAGGAUUGAAGAAGAUCUUGGGGAAAGCAAUCAAAAGCCUGAGAUGUGAAGGGGACUGAUUCUAGUGUCUGCUGAGUGGCUUUACACAUCUCUUCUAGCAGAAAACUAAAGUGCAACAACUGUGAUCCCUUGUUUUCCCCCCAAGAAGUGACUACUUGUGCAAGUGCCUUUUACUUCCAAGUACAAGGAGUUGUUUAGCAUUUAUAUUUAAUCAAAGCAUUGUAUCUUCUUGAUCUUUCUAAGGCGAUAUGAACUGGCACCCUGCUGAAUGAAAAUAAGUCAACUUUUAAUUUCUUAUGUCAGGGAGAAAUAUUCCAAUUAAUCUUCAGUUCAUUCUUUUCACUUAUUAAAAGUAGUAAAGGGACUGAAAUUACAACAAAGUUGAAGAAGAAAAGAAACAUUUAACUUUUUGUACUUUUUUGUCUGGUAUAUUACUUUCUUCUGAGAACUUAAUGCACAUCUGGACUUUCCCUAAAAAAAUAUAAAAAAAUAUGAUAUAGUAAAGCUGUACAUGAGCUCUUUAAUUGCAUUGUGUUAUUAUAAUAUGAAAUGUAUAGGAACCUUAAAUAAUUUAAAAAUGUGGACAUAAAAUGUACUUAUAAAAUACAUUAUAAUUUGAAAUAUUUACAUAAAAACAAAUGUGUUUUUUUUUAGCUUUAUUAAAAUUCUGAUUAAUGUGGUUCUUUUGUUCAUGUUCACCCCCUUACAUUUUUUUUCUUCUCUUAACCACGCAUACUAUUAUUUAUAUAUCUGUAUUUGUUUUUGCAAAAGUAAAUGUUGUAUGUUUACUGUUUUGCAAAUAAAAUGAUUUUAAAAUAUG